CGGGAGUCCCGUCCCUUUGCGUUUCCAGAUACAAUGCAAAGCGAGCUCCAGCAACUGAUCACAUCGGAGACUCGAGUGAAAGUGAGCUCGACUCUUGACAAGUCUGUCGGAAAGAAGUUCCUCACCGACGGAGAUCCCGAGACAUGUUGGACAUCGCAGCAAGGGCUUCCUCAAUUCAUCCAGCUGUCUUUUCCCGCACCCAUCCUACCUAAGCGCUUUGCCAUCACAUUCCAAGGAGGUUUCGUGGGCACGCGGUGUACUGUUGAGAUUCCAGAGGAGACGGGCCCAGAGAAGACGAUAUGGCAGACUCUUGUGCAGAUAUACCCAGAGGAUGUGAACCGAAAGCAGAUUUUCGAGCUGCCCGAUCUGCAGCGUGGCGUGAAGGCAGUGAAGCUGGUGUUUCAUGAGAGCUCCGAUUUCUUUGGCAGGAUUACCGUGUACGAUUUACAGCUCGAGGGAAGCAAUGUAUGAUGUGCAGGAU